GGAAGGGGAGGUCGCCCCCUCCUCUCCCCAGCCUCCUCUCCCUCUGUGUGGUUUUUUUUGCAGGUGUGUCAAUUUUAAUUCUGCCCAGUAGGUGGGACUUGGUGACUUUCGCACCGUUUUUGUUAUUUAUUUAUUUUCCCGGCUGCCUCCCUAGCCUCCCGUUGCAAUCCUCCGGAGCGGCUGGUGGGGAGCGGCGGGCGGCGGGCGCAGGGCGGCCGGGCCAGCAUGCAUCCCCGCCCGCUGCCGCUGCCGCUACCGUAGCGGGAAUUACAGCCUCUCCGAGCCAGCUGCCAGCAUGAUUUCAUCUGCUGGAGGAUUUUUGCGUAUGAUCGCUUGAGGUUUUGUUGUGUUUUGGUUUUUUUGGGUUUUUUUUUUUUUUGGUUUUUUUUCCUCCCUCUGUCUUUGUUUCCUUCCCCCUUUCCCCCCCUUCCCCUCCCUCCAUCCCCCCUUUCCUCCUCCUCUUUUUUAGAAGCAGCAAUCGGAGAUGGAUGUCUCUCUUUGCCCUACCAAGUGCACUUUCUGGAGGGUAUUUUUGCUCUGGAGCAUUUGGGGAGACUAUCUGCUUUCGGUGCUGGCUUGCCCUGCUAAUUGUCUUUGCAGCAAGACAGACAUCAAUUGCAAGAAGCCGGAUGAUGGGAACCUCUUCCCUCUCUUGGAAGGGCAGGAUUCAGGCAGCAGCAAUGGCAACACGAGCAUCAAUAUCACGGACAUCUCAAGGAACAUCACUUCCAUACACAUAGAGAACUGGAAGAACUUGCAGACACUGAACGCCGUAGACAUGGAGCUGUACACAGGACUCCAGAGGCUGACAAUCAGGAACUCAGGACUACGAAACAUCCAGCCACGCGCCUUUGCCAAGAACCCUCACCUGCGCUACAUAGACCUCUCUGGGAACCGGCUCACCACUCUGUCAUGGCAACUCUUCCAGACCCUGCGACUCUUUGAACUGAGACUAGAGAGGAACCUUUUUAACUGCAGCUGCGACAUCCGCUGGAUCCAGCUCUGGCAGGAGAAGGGCGAGGCGAACCUGCAGUACCAGGAGCUCUACUGCAUGAACAUGGAUGCUGCUAUCAUCCCUUUGCAGGAGAUGAACAUCACCCAGUGCGACCUCCCUGAGAUCAGUGUGAGCCACGUGAACUUGACGGUGCGGGAAGGGGAGAACGCCGUCAUCACCUGCAACGGCUCAGGCUCACCACUGCCUGACGUUGACUGGACAGUGGCCGAUCUCCACUCCAUCAACACGCACCAGACCAACCUCAACUGGACCAAUGUUCAUGCCAUCAAUUUGACCUUGGUGAAUGUCACCAGUGAGGACAAUGGGUUCCUGCUUACCUGCAUUGCCGAGAACGUGGUGGGGAUGAGCAACGCUAGCGUGCUGCUCACUGUCUACUAUCCUCCUCGCAUCCUAACCCUGGAGGAGCCGGUGCUGCACCUUGAGCACUGCAUUGCAUUUGCAGUGCAUGGGAACCCAGCUCCCACCCUUCACUGGCUGCACAAUGGCCAGGUCCUCCGGGAGACAGAGAUCAUCCAUAUGGAAUUUUACCAGCAAGGGGAAGUGUCUGAGGGUUGCCUGCUCUUCAACAAACCCACUCACUACAACAAUGGCAACUACACGAUUGUGGCCACCAACCAGCUGGGCUCAGCCAACCAAACUAUCAAAGGACACUUCCUUGAAAAGCCCUUUCCAGAGAGUACGGACAACUUUGUUUCAAUUGGUGAUUAUGAAGUGAGUCCCACCCCACCGAUCACUGUGACCCACAAACCGGAGGAGGACACUUUUGGGGUUUCCAUAGCAGUUGGGCUGGCAGCUUUUGCUUGUGUCCUCUUGGUCGUCCUCUUUAUUAUGAUCAACAAGUAUGGCCGGCGGUCCAAGUUUGGGAUGAAAGGUCCCGUGGCAGUGAUCAGCGGAGAGGAAGAUUCAGCCAGUCCCCUCCACCACAUCAACCACGGUAUCACAACGCCCUCAUCCCUGGACGCUGGCCCGGACACGGUGGUGAUCGGCAUGACCCGCAUUCCCGUCAUCGAGAAUCCCCAAUACUUCCGACAAGGUCACAACUGCCACAAGCCAGACACGUAUGUCCAGCAUAUUAAGAGGAGAGACAUCGUUUUGAAGAGGGAGCUGGGAGAAGGUGCCUUUGGGAAGGUGUUCUUGGCCGAGUGUUACAACCUCAGCCCCACCAACGACAAAAUGCUGGUGGCAGUGAAGGCGCUGAAAGACCCCACCUUGGCAGCCCGCAAGGAUUUCCAGAGGGAGGCAGAGCUGCUCACCAACCUACAACAUGAGCACAUCGUCAAGUUUUACGGCGUGUGUGGUGACGGUGACCCACUCAUCAUGGUUUUUGAGUACAUGAAGCACGGGGACCUGAACAAGUUCCUGAGGGCACAUGGCCCAGAUGCUAUGAUCCUCGUGGAUGGGCAGCCUCGACAAGCCAAAGGGGAGCUAGGGCUAUCCCAGAUGCUUCACAUCGCUAGCCAGAUCGCCUCUGGAAUGGUGUACCUUGCCUCCCAGCACUUUGUCCAUAGAGACCUGGCCACCAGGAACUGCUUGGUCGGAGCCAACCUGCUGGUGAAGAUUGGAGACUUUGGGAUGUCAAGAGAUGUCUACAGCACUGAUUACUACAGGGAAGGGCCGCGUCCGAAGGGCCAGUUCAGCGCAGCGUGGCAGCGACAGAGACUGGCACCGCCGGCAGCUGCAACAGUUGGAGGACACACCAUGCUGCCUAUCCGCUGGAUGCCUCCAGAGAGCAUCAUGUACAGGAAAUUCACAACAGAGAGUGACGUCUGGAGCUUCGGAGUGAUCCUCUGGGAGAUCUUCACGUAUGGGAAGCAGCCCUGGUUUCAGCUCUCAAACACAGAGGUCAUUGAGUGCAUUACCCAAGGCAGAGUUUUGGAAAGGCCUCGAGUCUGCCCCAAGGAGGUUUACGACAUCAUGUUGGGCUGCUGGCAGAGAGAACCUCAGCAACGGCUCAACAUCAAGGAGAUCUACAAGAUCCUUCAUGCUCUGGGCAAGGCCACACCAAUCUACCUGGACAUCCUUGGCUAGCAGUGGCCACUUGUUGAAAGUCCCUGCUCCUUCCUUCCGACCUUCCUUCCCUCUCCCCCUCCCAAGUCCUUUGCCCCUCAGCUCCCAAGCAAACAUCUUCAUAUAAACUCAAGUGCCUGCUACACAUACAACACUGAAAAAAACAAAACAAAAAGCAAACCAACAAAAAUCCCACAAAACAACAACCUGUAAGGCAGUUUGGCUUAUAUAUAUUUAUAGAUAUCUCUCUAUAUAUAACUUCCACACCAAUACAGAAAGAAGCUGCUGUUACAGAAAAUUAUAAGACUUUAAAAACAAAAAGAAACAAAAAAGGGAGAAAAGAGUACUUAAAAAGAUAUAUAUAAUUAAAAAAAAAAAAAAAAGAAAGGAGAAGGUAUCUUUCCCCCGAGCAAUGAAGCAGUGAAUUGUAACCCUGCUGUGAGUAUGUUUUGGGCUGCUGGGCAGGGCUCUAGACUGGCUACGGCAGAAUUGCCAUCCCGGGUAGGAGCGCCGGGAGGAAAGCCUUGCCCUGGUUGUAUGAUAUGCACUGAAUGUGUGAAAUCAGUCCUUCCUUUUCGUCAUUGCCUCCCUCCCUCCUUCCCAGCCCACAGGUGAUGGGCGCAAAGCCAGGGCAGUGCCCCUGGAUGAACUCUCUUUUACCAACCCCUUUCCUUCCUCCCUCUGAAUCCUUCCCCAUCCCUCUCUACCUUCCUGCCUUUUCCCUCCCUCCAACAUUUCAGGACAAUUUUUCUAAUUUGCUGAUUCUUAAAUGUAUAGACUCAAGGCUUUCGAACACACAGUCAAAGGAUUGUGGCACCUACGGGUAAAACACACACCAGGAACCAGCCGCCCUCCCGCAGACAGCAAGCUGGCCGGACCCAGACCUCCCUCCUGCCCCGUGCCAGGGCCAGGAGAGCAGUGGGAUCGAAGUGGCUGCGCAAGGGAGUCGAGGGAGGGUCCUGGAGACCCGGUCCUGAAUCAUCCCCAACCCAUUUCAGUGUGCAAGACAGGAGUGCCGUUCGUCGGGGCACCCAGCACAGGCGGCAACUUUGGGAGGAACAACCUCUCAUCCCCACCCCGCCUUUCUCUCCCCAUCCUUCAGGUUUGCUAGCGGCCAGGGGGUUGUUCCCCCUCCUUCAGCUCUCUCCACCAGGGCCAAAUUGGUCCCUGGUGUAAACCUUCAGCAGACAGGGUUGGAUCCCUGCUCCCCGCAUGGGGGAAAGGCUGCAGCGUGCAGACAGCUGGGAGCGUGCCUGCAUCCUGGCUGGGCAUGCCCAUGGGGUCAGCAUAUCCCAGUGCUCUUCCUCCCCAUCCUCUUCCCUUCCCCAUCCCUCAGUCCAAGCCUCAGGCACAAGCCAGCAGGGGACAGGGAGGGGGACAAGGCUUGCGAGAUGGCUGGGAACCUACCAACACCUGCCUGCAGCCCCCUUGCCAUUCUCCUCACGUCCCCAUCCCCUGAAAGGAUUGAUGCAUCUGCCUUUGAGCUGUUGUGAAAUGCAGAGGCUGAAGAAUAGCUCCACAGGCAGCCCCGGGAGAAGGGGGGGAAGGAGGGGAAGGUGCCUUCAGGAGCAGACGGCUCAGCGGAUGGCCGCAGCGGCCAGCCUUGCAUCUCAAUGAGGAUAAAGGCCUGACAGGCAGCAACAGGGGGUGGUGGGGACAGCGAGGGAGAGACAGAAGCAUCCUCCCUAUAGCCCAUCACCCUCGAGCAGGAAAUAAUCCCGACCUGGGGAAAGGCUGAGUCAGACGCUAAAUCCAGUCCGUCCAGAUCGGGCUGAGGAUACACAACCUUUCUGGGUCAUUUUUUUCCCGUGGCUAAUCGAGGAUGAGGGGGAACCUCAGCUUGGCAGCUGCUCUCAGGAGGCAGGGAGCAGGUGCCACAAGCAUUGUCAAGGCAAUUUUGAGAAGGUAACAACAACUGGCACAAAAAUAGCCUGCUCAGAUAUGGUGCUUGCCUGGAAGGGAAUGCAGAUGGGGGAAGAGGAGAUGGAGAAGGGAUCUUGGCUCCCUCCCCAUGGCCAGAGUAGUAUUCAUGGCCAGGGUGCAAGGGGAGAUGGGUGACUCUGAGACCUGGUUAUGGCCAGCUACUGAAAGGGGAAGAUUUCACAUCCUCUCCUCAUCUCCCUUGUCUCUUGCCAAUCUCUACCUCCCACCCGUGGCUCUGGCAUGACUUGACUUGGCUUAUGGUUUCAGAUGGGGGCAGGGGACACUGCUACGAGGAGCUUUGUGGUGGCAGCAGUGACGGGUGGGUUUAUUCCGUGCUUGUGUAAAGAGCAGCGCAAGCUUGGGGUGGGAGAUGAUGGAUGGCAGUAACCAUAUGGGAGUAAGGAUGUAACCUUCCUCUGUGUGUUAGAGAGCUCUGAGCUAGUGGGACAGGCUCGUGCCAACAGAGGCUGGAUGGACUGCUGCUGAACAGGAACAGUGCACAGGAACAGCAUACCAUGCCACCCCUCAACAGCAGGAUCUUGCUCCUUUGGGAAAGGACAUCUAGUUUUCCUCACCUGCCUACUUAGGUCCACCUUUGGAAGUGAAAAAGUUUGGUUGAAAGGUUGCUAGCCUUUGCUGGCCUGGCUUCCUUUGUAUGCAAGCUGCUUUAGCUAAAAGGACUGGAGACUCUGUACAAGGGAAGAACAAGCAAUGGUUGUUAAUGGCCCAGUGUCUCCAAAAGAAAACCCUUCCCUAGGGUUGCCUGUCUCUUACCCUCAAUGUCUUCUUGCUCUUGUGGCUCCCAGGCACUGCACCAGAUUGUGCAAGGCCACCAUUUUGUCCACCCCUCUAUCUUGCUCUUGUGCUCUCAUUUCUCUUUUUGCCAAUGUCAUGGGCCUUUACACUAUCAAAUCACCUACAGACACUGUGUUCCCAUGUUCAAUGAGAUUCCUCUGUCACCAUUCUGCACAGCAGCACCAUCCUCCUUUCCUUCCUUCUUUCCUCCUUCCUCUCCUCCCCAGCACCACCACCCUGUCCCUUUUGUCACCUCUCUGUAUGGUCACGACAGCGAGGUGAGCUCAGGAGCUGAGCAUGACACCGAGCCUUGGUGCUGCGUGGUUAGGAAUAAGUGGUCUCUGAGAGGCAAGGAGAUGGGUCCCCAGAAGAUGUGAAGUGGCUGAGACCAAGGUUCAGGCUGUCUGACUGAUUUACUGUUAGCCCCACCAAAUGCAGUGACUGCUUCGGAAAAAGGUCCUUUUGUCAAAGUUAAUUGUGAACACUUGCUCAGAAGAGCAAGAUAAGCUGCAGUUCUGCAGUGACGUCUCCCUGGCUGCUGCUGCUGCUGCUGCU